AUGACGGAGAUUGAGGAACUUGAGCUGACUCCACUGACACAGCCAUCUCUGGAAAUGAAGGAAAGUUGGGUUCUCAAACCAACUAUCGCCAAGAAAAAGAAGAAAUUUUCUGUUGCUUGCAUCUCAAGCAACAGAAAAUUACUUCUAUGGCUUGGAGGAGUCUUGUGUGUGUCCUGCAUCAUAGCGAUGACCCUGUCGAAGACUCUGCCUCACGACCACUACAACGUUCCACCAUUAACGAAAGAAAAUAGCACCAUUGCUAUUCCAGUGGCAUUGAAGUUCUUCAAUGCCCAAAUAUCCGGAAAACUCCCAGAGGGGAAUAACGUGUCUUGGCGGGGAGAUUCUUGCUUGAACGAUGGCAAGUUUCCAGGGAGCUCUUACCCACAUUUAGCAGGAGGGUACUAUGAUGCUGGAGGUUCGAUCAAGUCCAACUUUCCCAUGUCAUUCUCAAUGACAAUGUUGAGCUGGAGUGUUAUUGAAUAUAGCACAAAGUAUCAAGUUGCUGGCGAACUCAACCAUGUCAAAGGACUCAUCAAGUGGGGAACUGACUACUUGCUAAACAACUUCAAUAGCAGUUCUGAUACAGUAUUUGAAAUGGUGUCACAGAUAGGAAUGACUAUAGGAAGCGAAUUGCCUAAUGACAACUACUGCUGGAUGAGGCCAGAGGACAUUAAUUACAAAAGGGACUUCACUGUGUGUCACACUAACUGCCCGCAUCUCGCUGCAGAGAUGGCAGCUGCCCUCGCCUCAGCAUCCAUCGUCUUCGGAGACAAAGUCGAGUACUCUGCAACACUUGUUCGCAGUGCCAAAGCGAUGUACUCGUUCGCUGAGGCUAUGAGUACCAAAAUGAAAAGCUCAGAGCACUGGGAUGACCUCAUAUGGGGAGGAGCAUGGAUGUACUAUGCUACGGGAGAUAACACCUAUCUUGCGAAGGUAACCAGUCACGAUUUAGCGAAGCGUGCCGGUGCCUUCUCGCAUGGCCCUCGUUAUGGUGUCUUCGGGUGGGACAACAAGCUUGCUGGGACACAGUUGCUCUUGACUCGGCUGAGGCUGUUCCUCAGCCCUCCAUUUCCUUAUGAAGACAUGUUGAAAACCUUUCACGAACAAACCAGCAUAGUAAUGUGCUCGGACUUGCCUUACUACACCAAAUUUAACAGAACAAAAGGUGGUUUGAUCCUGCUGAACCAUGGCGAACCAGAGCCUCUCCAAUAUGCUGCGAAUGCAGCUUUCCUCGCAACCCUCUACAGUGACUACCUCGAUGCUUCUGAUACUCCUGGAUGGUACUGUGGCCCAAGUUUCUUCAAAACUCAGGUCCUACGUGACUUUUCAACAUCUCAGGUUGAUUACAUACUAGGCAAGAACCCACAGAACAUUAGUUAUGUUGUGGGGUUUGGGCAGAAAUAUCCCAAACAUGUACAUCACAGGGGCGCUUCGAUCCCCAAGAACAAGAAAGUGACUUGCGAAGGAGGUUGGAAGUGGAAGGAGAGCAGUAACGAGAAUCCAAACACGAUUGAAGGAGCAAUGGUCGCUGGACCUGACAAGAAUGACGGCUUCCAUGACCUACGUGCAAACUACAACUACACACAGGCCACUCUGGUGGGAAACUCAGGUCUUGUGGCAGCUCUUGUAGCCUCGUCACGAGGGGGUGGAGGACUUGACAGAAACGGCCUCUUCUCAGCCAUUACUCCUCUGUCGUUGUCUCCGGAUCCUGAGACUUGA